CGUGUCCGUCGUAGCUGCAGCUGCGUUUCGGCUGUCAUGUCGAGUGCAAGUCUGCCUGCUGGUGUCUGGAGUCUCUCUUUACCUCCUUAUCUUCCUUUUUCCUCAUCGUCUAGACCCUUCAACACCGUUCAGUACACUCAGAGCCGUACGGCUCGAUGGGUCGUUUAUUCUUUUCAUUAUUAUAAAUAAAAAGUAAUUCAAUUGUCAUUAUCAUUUCACUUUAAUUGUUUUAUUCAAUGUAUUUAUUAGUAAGAUACAAUUAUGAUACUGUAAGAUAAUAUUUUUGGAGUGUAGUUAUUCAAGAGAAAAUAAGGACGUCGAAUGGAUAAUGAAUAAAAUCAAAUGAAAAAUGAAAAAAAAAGUGGCGUGUGCAUUUGAAUUUGUGCAUUUAUUUUAAGAUUUAAUAAAUUUAAUUAUUGCAAGAAUUUCGACGGCCAUUGUUGAGUUAGAAGAUUUAUAAAUAAAAAAUCUGUGAUGUAAAGGAUGAUAAAUUUUUAAAACCUGACAAUUGAUAAGAAUAGACCGUUUGAGAUAAAUCGAGCACAGAGUGAAUAGAAAAUUCUGAUUUGCAAAAAUUCAAGAGAGAGCAUGCGAGAUACUAGUGACAUGAUGGACGACGCCAUGUCAGAGGAUACAGUAAUGGAUUAUGGAAAUGACGAUGGUAAUACAGAUGACCUCAUUAAUUUAGCAACUGAUAUUUCAAAUUCAUCUUCAACAAUACAUGAUGCUGCAGAACGACUGUUAACACUAUUAGGCGUUGAGGACUCUGAUGAUGAUUUUUAUUCGUCUUCAGAAGAUGAAGGAGUGGAAGUAGACCUAGAAGACAAUGAAAGUAAUGAGAGUAUAAGAAAGCGAGGAAAUGUCAAAUUACUCCAUCAAUUAGCAAAUUCUCUUGCCCAAGAAUUAAGAUAUUCUCAAAAGCAAAGUUUUUUAUUAAAAAAUACAUCAACACGAUUUCCAGAAACUCAUGAAUACCCAACUCAAUCUAUAGAAGUUGAUCAAAAUAGGGCAUAUUCUAGUAAUUUUUCAAAUUCCUUUCAUCAUCAAAGUGUUUUAGAGAAACUUGGAAAUUCAUCAAGUGAUUAUUCUUCAGUUGAUAUGGCAUCUAUUGAUGAAUAUGGAUCACGAAAAAGGUUAAAAGUUGAUGAAGAAAACUUUGAAACACUUCCAGAUGAUAAAAUGUCAUUAGGCCUAUCUUCAUAUACAUCGUCUUGGGACUCAGGAUGGAAUGCCUGUGCUCAUGAAGCUAUACGAUAUCUGAUAGAAAAAGAAGGACUUCCUCCACAUCAUCCGACUAUUUUAGCAUUGAAAAACCACCUUUUUACACAAAAAGAUAAGACUUUUACUCAGUAUUUAAUUUAAUAUCAAUUCUUAUAGUCGUAAUAAAAAUAAUAAUUAAACAUA